AUGGUUGCUGUUUAUCUCUUUCCACUGAUCAUUACAGUGAUCGUAUUGGGAGGAAGUUUUGAGGCCGCUGCUACACAACUAGGAUGCAGUCACCCGGACGAUCGAUGCCUUCCGAUACGACACUGCCCGCUAGUGUACAAACGCAUUCAAAAGGGGGAACUUUCGCGCAAUAGUACCUUCAAGAAGGAGGUUCUACGAAGCAUCUGCCAACCGGCAGUACAGUUGGUGAAGAAGACCCACAUUUGCUGCCCCAAGCGUACCAUCGAGUGCCAUCUGGAUGGGAAACCGGGCACAUGUUUGUUACGCGAACAAUGUCCAACGUUACAAUCGAUCACCGAGCAACAGCUCAUGAGUUCCGUUGCGGAGAACCUUUGCUACGUGCACGAGAAAAAGAAUUACUUCUGCUGUACCGAUCCUCUCUGUGUGGCGCACAAAAAUUUGUGUGAUCAGAAAGCACCGACAGUUCCGGCAUCUGCCUUUCCAACCUGUAAAACCAGCAACGGUACCGUGGGAUCUUUAGUGUCCGGAAAGAUUUGCAGCGAGCAGGCACGAUCCGUAGAAACGACUGGUGAUUCCCGUGUAUGCUGCGUACCACCAGAAACUGGUCGCUUAAUCUCACACCCGAACGCAGCCAAGUUGGCCCGUUUGUCGUGCGGAACGAACGCUUACCACAACAAAAUUCAAAACGGUGUACUGGCAGAACCCGGGGAAUUCCCGUGGAUGGCGUCUCUGGUUUACAAGACACAGGCGGUCUGCAGCGGUACGCUGAUUCAUCCAUCGUACGUACUAACCGCCCGCCACUGUAUCAAUGCGCGGCUCGUGAAGGUACGACUCGGAACGAACGAUCUGCUGGAAAAGCCCGCCCGAUGUUCCACAGAAACUUGUCCCAAGAUGCAGGAGAUUACUAUCGCUCAAAGCAUUCGCAGUCACACACACGACGUUGGACUGUUGCGAUUAGUUAAGCCCGCGGAACUGGUGCCAAAUGUUGUGUGGCCGAUUUGUUUGCCGGUUUACUUGAGUCUGCAGAUGUAUCUGCCCCCGAUGGUCACGAUCAGUGGAUGGGGAAUGACGGAGAAGGGUGUGCGGUCGAGUGUACUGUUGCAAGCGCAAACACCGGUAUUGGUGAAUCAGGAAGGAUGCACCAAGGACUACAUGAUCUGUGCCGGUGGUGUUGAUCACAACAAUCACUGUCGGGGUGAUUCUGGUGGGCCACACCAAGCGCUCAGCACAUACCGGGGUGAGCUUCGGUUUGUGCAGUAUGGCAUAAUCUCCGAUGGACCGAAAUACUGCAAUGAACCGGAACGACCAAGCCGGGGUGUACUGGUGGGUUACGUUAUGGAAUGGAUUCUAGACCAGAUGGAACUUUGA